AUGCCUGUUGCAUUCGACUUAGAAUUAAAGGUCGUUGAUAAUUUAAGAGCUUAUUACAAAAUUAAUGAAGCUGCUGCUAAAGAUAUUUUUGAUGAAACAAUGGUCUUAUAUCACCGCCUGUAUACAAUUACAGACUUAAACGAAUUAAAUAAAGUUAAUAAUCGAAUAUUAUUUACGUUAAUAAUCGUGAUUGGCCAUUAUUAUGAUUCCACAGAGUCUACCCGGUUCUUAUUUUCAGUAAUUAUGUUUAUUGUUAUAACAGGUCGUAAAGCGGAUUCGGAAUACAUGUUUAUGCAAUGGCUUAGUGCUUCUGCUCAAGGCGAAAAAAUUGACAAUGGCCUCGACGUAUUUAUUUACACAUUAAAAGCAUUACGUGAACAUUUCGAGAGAGAACAUAUUCGAACUUUUGAAACUUUUCAUGAUUUAUUUAAAGCAUUAAACAAUAAUAUUAUUUUACUAGAAGAAGAAAUUGUUAAAGAAGGUACAAAUGAACAACGAAACACCAUCAAUCAAAUCAAAAGUGAUUUUAAUUCAUAUUUAUGUGAACAUGCAAUAACAAUUUCUGAUGAAAGUAAUGAUGAUGAUGAAAAUGAAUGA